UUUCAAAGAUGGCGGACGAUGAUGUUGAAGAACUUCAGGAAAGUCUAUCAAAAUUUUGCACAGAGAAACCAAAUACCCACCUCAUCUUGGUAGCUGUUCAGAAAUGCGUUAGUAGUGGAAAAUGGACCCGGCUUUUGGAAUGCUUGACUCGAUCUGACCAUAAGGAUGCUCUUGAAUUUGUUGGUUGGGAACUAAUUGGAGUCAUAUCUCAAGCUAUUGCUGAUGACUUUGAAUCAGAUGGCCUUGAAGAAAGAAAGAAAAUCCUUCAAUUAAUCGCUGAGAGAUGCAGUGCAAAGGAGGUUUGCAUUGGAGUGUUGGAACAACUUGACUCUGGGACAGACUGCCAUUUUAACAAUUUUGUUACUCUGCUGGAUACCCUUAAGACAGCAAUACACAGGCUGCAAGAGAAGAAGUCAAAGUAUGUUGGUAUGGCACUUCCAUGUGUGACAAGAUACAUCAAAGGUAUUCAACUCUCAGAUGAAAUAGAGACAGAAAAAGAGUCUGGCAGUGAAUGUCUGAAAAUGCCAUCCAUCAUGAAACAUGUACUGGAUUUUCUCAGACCAUUGGUGCAGGAAGUCAGCUUGCAAUCAUCCUCUGCUGAAAUAUCCCCCUCAAGUUCUUGCAUCAGCCAAUUAGGACCAGAGAUUAUCAAAUGUUUGAUCCAGCUCUUGGAUUAUCCCUUGGUUUUUGUGGAUUUAGCAAAACAUUCUAAAGAAAAUACAGACCUUGAUAAUGAGGAUGAUGAAUCCAUUUCUGAGGAGAAAUGUUCUUUGACUGUAAUGGAAUACAGAACAAUUGCACUGGAAAUUAUGAAAUUCAUUCAUAUGGCUAAUGGAUCGUAUCUGUACCUCAUGGAAUACACUUCUAAAACAUACAACAAUGUUCAAGAAAAAUCAAACAAGACUUCAGACAGAGACGUUUCUGCAGAAGAGGAAUAUGAUGAUGAGGACGAGCAAGAAAGAAGCUGUUAUCCAGUGUUAGGCCUUGGCUGUUUUGUUUAUUUACUACUUGUGGAAAAGAUGGAAGACAGAAAUAUCCCAGCAGUUUUUAGCUUUAGAUAUUUACUAAGAGUCAACAUCAAAAGCAUCCUCUUCCUUCUUAGCAGAACAGAACACGGUGUCAUUUACAAGGGUUUGGGACUGUUGGAGACAUUGUCAAAAAGACUGAAAGAUAAGAGUUUGGUGUACAAUCAGUACGAGUUCAAAGAUUUAAUGGACAUUGUUAAGGCUCUUAUAAAUGUUAUGACGAUGUGUUCAUCAAAGAAAUUGAGAUUAAGAGCAGUUCAAGUCCUUCCGAAUCUGGUAUCAAAGCUUGACACGAGAAGUCGAUACGGAUUAUUAUACACUGUUCUACAAGAUUGUUCUCAUCCCGGGGUGGCAGGCCUUUUGAUUCAUCUCUUAAAAGAGCAAGUUGACCAAGCUUUAAGUACAUCAGAAGAUGAACCUUGGUUUCAAGGCAGCCGUCUUAUGUCAAUUCUCCAGUUAGUUUUCAAACCUCCCUCGGGAGCUGGCACCGACAAGGACCUGGUACAGGAAACAGAUAGAGUCAUGGCAGCCCUGAACUGCCUAAGAUUUGUUCUUCUUAGAGAUGAGAGCGACAAGGUGAAGUAACUAACAUGGAGCAUCAAUUAAGAAACUUACGGUAGAACCUCUAGCAACUGGCACUUCCCGAUAGCUGACAUAAAGUUGUGGUCCUAGCCAUGCGAAAAAACGAGUGUCGAGGUUCCCUCCUUGUAAGGAGGGGGAGGGGGGCACUGUUCUCUGCCAGUUCAGGAUAAUGAUUGUAACCUAACUUUGGUUUUUAUACGAGACAAGUAAGGAGGCGUACAUUGUGCAGGUACACGCAACCAACCAUGUUAUUGGAUGAUCAAAUAGAUAGAAAGAUCCCACCAGAAAAUUAUCAGCAGGUCGCGUGCUGGAAUGUGUCCGAUCUAUUCCAAUUAAAAAAGGAUAAGUGCUGAGUGCUGGGUUCUUAAAUCACCUGGAUAAAAACUUUACCACCGUUGUUUCGCUAAAGCUUCAGACUGACAUCUAAACGGCUCAGCAGAGUGCGUCACCUUUGUCACCUAAGGUCUAAAAAUCUCGUUAUGCAAUUCGAAUUUCAGCCGGCAUUGUCAUCUUCACAUUUCAUUUACUUACAAAAUAUGAAAUUCCUGUUUGUGAUGUUUGUCGGGCCCGUGUCUUCAAAUCUCUGACCAGUUUACUUUUUCAUGAAACGUAGACUACCGUAUGGAGAAACUUCACAACAAUCGAAAAGGAUUUCACAGAGCCCUUAAGACAGGCAUCGAAAGUGACCAGAUUACAAUACCAGGCAGAACUUACAAACAAACGGGAUGAAAUAGCAGGAAAUAA